ACAAAGAAAAUAUUCCAAAUUGUUAAGGCACUUGGUAGGGCAAGGUAUUUAUUUCCUACAAUGAAAAUGUUACCUCUUUUCGGUCUCAGACAUGGGCACACCGCAGAAGGAUGUUAUUAUCAAGUCAGAUGCACCCGACACCCUGUUAGUGGAGAAGCAUGCAGAUUAUAUAGCAUCCUGUGGCUCAGAGAAAGAUGAUUAUGAAUACUGUGUGUCUGAAUAUUUGAGAAUGAGUGGCAUCUAUACUGUAAUGGAUCUCACGGGACAGCUACCUCGCAUGAAUAGAGAAGAAAUUCUGACAUUUAUUAAGUCUUGUCAACACGAGUGUGGUGGAAUAAGUGCUAGUGUUGGACAUGAUCCUCAUCUUUUGUACACUCUUAGUGCUGUCCAGAUUCUUACUCUCUAUGAUAGUAGUAAUGUUAUUGAUGUAAAUAAAGUUGUGGAGUAUGUUCAGAGUCUACAGAAAGAAGAUGGUUCUUUCACUGGAGAUAUUUGGGGUCCCACUAAGCAGCUGGUCUAACUGGAGUUAAUGGUCUGCUGGAAGUUCCAGCAUGCACUGUGCUAGUUAUAUCAGCGUACAGGAGUACUGGAACAGAGGGGGCCAGUCUAAAAGAUAAGGGCUGAAUACAGUGCAGGCAGGAGAGACCAGCUGCUUCAUGGGAUGUGAAAAUCUACUUUUAUAUAAUAGGGAGAAAUCGAC